GCCAUUUAUUCCACAUAUCGGCCAUGAAUUACACGAUUCCUCCACUUCUUGUGCCACUACUGCUAAAUGACAAGUGUCUCAAAGUUGGUCUCAAUAUUGAGAACGACUUCUGGAAACUUCAGAGGGAUUACAAUCUGCCUUUGGAUUCAUUACUCGUCUCUAAUAACAAGUCUGUAAUCGAUCUGAAAGUGAUGGCCAACCAGUUGUUGGGGUUGAGUGGGAACUGGAGUCUGAGUGGUCUCUGUGAGCACCUGUUGGGUCAGUCCAUCCGUAAGGAGCAAAGACUCACCGAUUGGUCACAAAAGCCAUUGACUCGUCAACAGCGAGACUAUGCGGCCGUCGAUGCCUUCGCUUCCUAUGAGCUGUACUUCGAGAUUAAGGCCAAUGCUGUGGAUGGUGUCCAACACCACACCACCCCUUAGACCAGUUGACACUUGAAUGACUAUACAUUCAGUUAUAUACCAUACAAUACUUUAUAUACAUUUUAUACACCAUUUGUUCAUUUAUUGCACAUUCAAGCC